AUGUAUAGCGCUGAGAGUCUCCAUGUCGCGUCCCGCCUCUUCUGGCUGAGGCAAAGCUACUCAGAAAGAUCAGAGGUCCUGCGUGAUACAGAGGAGAAGCUGCGUGAUACAGAGGGCGAUCUCUUUGACACGGAAGAUGAAGCGAAGCAGAUCAUCCGCCUAAUGCCUAACGACGAGGCCGCCCGCUGGCGCGACCGCUGCAACCUCUGA